AUGCUCCAAACUAUCCAACACAAGAGUGACACGACUCUUAAACUCCGUAUCCGUCUCCGGGUCGUAAAUCGUGCGUUCCGGAACCAUGACACAUUGCAUUCCGGCUUCCAAAGCAGACAAAACGCCGUUGUACGAGUCUUCGAAGACCAAAACUCUUCCAGCAUGCUCUGGAAUCUUCGGGAAUCUUCUCAUCGUCACAAGGAAUGGAUCCGGAUGGGGUUUGCCGAAUUUGACUUCCGGAUCGUCACCGGAGAGCACUUAACACGAUCCGGUACACAAGGCGACGGGAAUCCCCUUCUGAAUGAGAUGACGGACGAGUCGCUCGGCGCCAGGCAUCGCUGGACUCUUCUUGAACAUUUCGAUGAGAAUCGCAUCGUACUGAUGGGAAUAGUCUUCUGGAGUGACGACGUCGUUCAGAUCGAGUUCGUUGAGCAGCCAACGGAUCGACUCGUCGUGACGUUUGCCCAUUUGUCCUGGAAGAAUUAG